AUGGUCACUGCUACGACAGUCAUGAGAUGCUCUCCCGGCAACGCAUUCUUCAGAGCUCUCAAACCCAUUUCCCGAAAUUCACUUUCACUCUUUUCAUCUUCAACGCCGAUCACCAAAGGUGGAUCAAGCUACUCUCAUGGUGGUCGGAGAGCAUAUGAUGCAUUGCUGUUGGAUGCUGGAGGUACCCUCUUGCAGUUGACCAAUCCUGUUGCCGAUACUUAUGCCGCUAUUGGAUCCAAAUAUGGUUUGACUGUGAAUCCAACUGAGAUAAAACAAGGAUUUAAGAGAGCAUUUACUGCUCAAUGGCCUGAAAAACUACGUUACCAGGGUGAUGGGAGGCCAUUUUGGAAAUUUGUAGUUUCUGAAGCCACUGGUUGUGGAGACGAAGACUUUUUUGAAGAAGUUUAUGAGUACUAUGCAAAAGGCGAUGCAUGGCAUCUUCCAAAUGGGGCUUUUGAAACAAUGACUCUUCUCAAGGAUGCUGGAGUUAAGAUGGCUGUUGUAUCCAAUUUUGACUCCCGCUUAAGGAAGCUAUUGAAGGAUCUUAAUGUUUUACAUCUAUUUGAUGCUGUCAUUAUAUCAUCAGAGGUUGGAUAUGAAAAACCAGACCCAAGAAUAUUUCAAGCUGCUCUAGAUCAAGUAAAUGUAGAGGCUGGCAAAGCCUUACACAUUGGAGAUGAUGUAAAAGCAGAUAAACUGGGGGCCAAUGCAGUAGGGAUAGAUUGCUGGUUAUUGGGUAUUGAUGUGAAGACAUUUUCUGAGAUACAAACCCGCAUCCUCAAUCCAGGGGCCUAA